AUGAAUGAUUUACGAAUCUCCUUCGAUAAAAACACAACUGAUAUGAUCAAGAUGAUAGAAGGACUUCAUUCAUCGGUGAAAGCCAAGAAAGAAGCUCUAUCAAAGCUCUGUUCUGAGAUCAAGCUUGAUAACAUCGAUAUGAAUUCAACCAUCUCCACAAAGCUUGAGAAAUUGCAGAAUGACUUGGCAGCAGAAAAUAAAAUAAUGGAUACCUUUGAUGAACAAACUCAGAAGGUAAAGGUUCUUACCAAGAAGAUGAAGAAUGCAACCCUCAAUAUUUCCAACCUUGAAGAAGAGAAAUCUUUGGUUAAUGGGAAAAUUUCGGAAAUCAAUCAACACCUGUUGCGUAUCGUUGAAACUCGUGAUUCCUUGUUUAUUGUCUCUGUUAGACAGAAUCUCUUUGAAAAGCUUCAAAUUGUAUUCACAAUGUUGAAUCGACUGCAAAGUGUUUCGGGAAGCAGGGCUUCAGCGAAACAAGGGAGAGACGAGGAAGCAAUUAUAAAGAAUGACACUGAUCAGAAGGAUAAUAAAGCUUCCAGAUCAGGAAAAGAUAAAGGCAAAGGUGUUUCAGAAGAAGAUAAUGAUGAGAAUCCGAUAUUGUCUUAA